AUGGAGUCCAUUUAUACAGCACUCGACGUCGGGAGCUACGAAAUUCGACUGCUCACAAUCCUCCCUGGCGAUGACAAUACAACGAUAUGUUGUACACUGCAAAAUCAAAGUCUUCUCUCCAAGCCAAAAUAUACGGCAUUGUCAUAUUGCUGGGGCGAUGCCAACGUCACUGUCCCAAUAAUUGUUGAUGGCAAAAACAUAGAGGUGACCGUCAACUUGCGAGACGCAUUAUUACAGCUCCGGAUUAUUGGAGUAAAGCAAAUAUGGGCCGACGCCGUGUGUAUCAACCAGAAGGAUGCUCAGGAAAAGAGUCUGCAGGUUGGCCGCAUGGACCAGGUGUAUUCUAACGCAGCUCAGACGUAUACAUGGCUUGGUAAAGAGGGAUCUGAUCGCGCCGCAGCCGGUCUGAUGUUUCUUGGCCGAAUAAGCUCGAAUGAAACGGUCACCGACAGCAUACAACAUACGCAUAAUAUAGACAGUCCAGCGCGGUCUGAUCAUAUGAGUGAGGGCAUGGGCAAUGCUGGCGCCGAUCACAACGAGUCCUCUGCAUGUCCAUCUUUCCGGGAUUUGGAAGAUUUACUUCGUCGCGAUUACUGGGGGCGCCGCUGGAUUAUCCAAGAAGUUGCUGCUGCCCAGCAGGUAGAGGUUGCCUGUGGGACAGUAACUAUUGAUCUGAAAGACCUGAUAAGCGCUAUUAAGUUAUGCAAACGGUCAAAAUAUUGGUCAUUAGAUAUGGCCAGCUACUGCACAAACUUGGACCAGAUAAUCCAAAUUCGCGGGGAACAACGACUUGAGCAACAGGAAACGCUGUGCAAAAACAUCGUCAAAACUCAGCACUUCUCAUCCAAAGACGAUCGCGAUAAGGUUUUUGCCCUGAUUGGUAUCUCUUCCGACGGCAAAAAACUGAUUCAAACCCCAAACUAUUUUCAAAAUUUUGAAUCAAUGCUGAGGGAACUAGCCAUUGCCGUUUUUCGUGCAAAUGGCAACUUCAACACGAUGGUACUGGACCGUCACCACCGCGAUGCUUCCCCAAACCAACCCAGUUGGGUACCACAUCUUUUGGCACUGGAAGACCCAUAA